AUGAAGAUCAAGACUCUAAACGUCUACCCAAUCAAGGCCCUCCGCCCCAUCCCCCUCACAUCCGCAACCCUCACCCCGCAAGGCAUCCUCCACGACCGGACCUACAUGCUCUUCCGCGUGAACGAAGACUCCUCCCUCCGCAAGCUCCAGCUCUCCUCGUGCCCCCAGACCGCCCUCUUCUCCCAAGAAAUCGUCUCCUCCUUUGACAAUAUCACCACCUCCUCCGACGGCGACGACGGCGACACCAUCCUCGUGAGAUACAACAUCCCCUCCCCGCCCCUGAUCCCCCACCACCCCCUCCAGGACACGACUCUCCGCGUGCCCCUCGUCCCGGACGACGCGCUCACCGCGGCCCUCGAACCCAUCUCCAUCGACCUCCACGGCAGCCCCGCCGAGGCCCUCCGCAUGGGCGACCCGUACGACGCCUUCUUCUCCGCCUGCCUCGGCUUCCCCACAAUCCUGGUCCACAUCGGCUCCGGCCGCCGUCCCGUCCUCGGCACCCUAGCCCCGGGCUCCUCCUCCUCCGCGUCCUCGUCACAAUCCCUCUUCAGCUCCAUCGCAUCCUACCUCCCCUCCCUCACCUCAUCCCAGCCCAAACCCGAAGCCGACCAAUGGCUCACGUUCACCGACUGCGCGCCCUACCUGGUAACAUCCCACUCCUCCCUCUCCCACCCCUCCCUGGCCCCCUUCACCCCGUCCUCCCCCUCCACCCCGUCCCCGAUCAUGCCCAAGUUCCGCCCCAACAUCGUCCUCGAAGACCCCUCCGAGAACCCCUUCGCAGAGGACUUCUGGGCCGAGCUCACCCUCCACCCCUCCGCCCGCAAACUCCUCCUCACCGCCAACUGCGGCCGCUGCUCCUCCCUCAACGUCGACUACGCCACCGGCCGGCCGGCCCCGGGACCCGAGGGGAAACUCCUCAACACGCUGAUGAAGGAGCGCCGCGUCGACCCGGGCCACAAGUACGCCCCCAUCUUCGGCCGGUACGCCUUCCUCUCGGGGUCCGGGGCCGGGGACCGGGAUGAGACGAUCCGGGUCCGCGUCGGAGACGAAGUCACCGUCUCGCGCCGCAACGCGGAGCGCACCGUUUUCGAUUGGCCGCUCGGCGGAGCGUCUACAUCUUCGACGGCGGCGGCAGCUAAGAAGGCCGUGGCUGUUGCAUAA